UAUUGAUGACUCGGCAGCGGCUGCGGCGGGGGCUGCCCGGGCUGAGGGGCUGCCAGCUCCCCCGGCCCCUCCGCCACGUCAUGGGGCCGGGGGCGGCGGUGGGCUGAGGGCGGCGGGAGCAGCGACCGCACGGGGCUGCGGGGACCGAGCCAUUCCCGGUGCGGGACCGAGCCAUUCCCGGUGCGGGACCGAGCCAGCCCCGGUGCGGGGAUGCUGCUGCUGCCGCCGGCCCCGGCCCCGGCGCGGGGGAGCGCGGCCCGGGCUGCUCCCAGCGCCGCCGCCGCUCUGAUGCCCUCGGCUCUCCCGUGCCGGCUGCCGGAGCCCCGCGGAGCCCUGCCCGGAGCGGAGUGAGCCCAGCGCUGCCCCAGCCAUGCAGGAGCCGGAGCGGGGGGUGCCCAGCGCUGCCCCCGCCGCGGGCGAUGCCGCCCCCGCCGCCCCCGCCUGCCCGGACCGGGACACGCGUGACGGCGCGGGGGGUGACACGGACACGGUCGGCUGCCGGCUUCCCACGGGAUCGGAGCGGGACGGAGCGCCCCAGCCCCAGGAGGAGUCCCCCGGGACCCCCCGCGUUCCCCCGCCGGACCCGCAGCGGGUUCACUCCGCACCGGAGCUCGUCAGGCCGCUGCGAGCGAUGGAGCGGACGGACAGACCCCCCCAGAGCGGGGCUGACUACGGCUUCCUCGUGAGCCAGAACACGAAGCUCCUGAGUGCCCUGGAGGACCUGCGGCACCGCUGCUCCAGCCUGGCCGAGGAGAACAGCCUGCUGCGCAGGAGCUGCUUCCCCCAGACGGAGGAGAAGGUGAAGCACCUGAAGAGGAAGAACGCGGAGCUGGCGGUGAUCGCCAAGCGCCUGGAGGAGAGAGCCCGGAAACUGCAGGAGGCAAACCUCAAAGUGGUCACUGCUCCAGUGGCUCUGAAGGGCUCCAGCCUGGAGCUGUGUAAGAAAGCCUUUGCCCGCCAGCGUGCCAAGGACCUGACAGAGCAAGCCAGUGCCCUCCUGGCCAAAGACAAGCAGAUUGAAGCUCUGCAGCAGGAAUGCCGGGAGCUGCAGGCUAAACUCUCGGCAGGGAAGGACGACCCUCGCUGCCUCAACGUCAUCGAGUUCGACCGCCUGCUGCGGGAGUCCCAGCGGGAGGUGUUGAGGCUGCAGAGGCAGAUUGCCCUCAAGAAUUUCAAGGAGUGUCUGCGUCCCCCCAAAAUGAGCCCAGGCAGUGCCAGGCCGAGCACUGCCCCACGCCUGGGACCGAACACCGGCAGCAAAGGUUCACCUCUGCCAAAGGAGGCCUCCUUGGGAGACCCGGCGCUGGGAGGGAGAGCUCGCAGGGAGGUGGAACCAGGUGUGCAACCACUGGGACCUGCCUCUGAAGGACAUGAAAAUUUCCCUCCCAAAAAUGCAAUAACAGGCCAAGAGACCAGAAAACAGAUCCAGCAGCUGGAAUUUGAACUCAAGAAAAAGCGCAAAAAAUGUGAAAACCUUGAGCAUGAAGUGAGGAAAAAGCAUAAAAGAUGCAAAGAACUAGAGAUCCAGCUGCAGGAGGUGCAGAGUGAAAAUGCACGACUGGCCGAGGAGAACUUGCAGCUGAACGAGAGGGCUGGAUGGGCAGGACAGGUUGAAUCUGAGAAUGCUGACCUGAAACUGCAGGUUGUUUUGGUGACCAAGGAACGGGAUUCAGUGAUUCAGACGAACCAAGGACUCCAAACCAAGCUGGAGAAUCUAGAGCAGGUGCUGAAGCACAUGAGAAAUGUGGCCGAGCGCAGGCAGCAGCUGGAAGUGGAGCACAGGGAAGCCCUGCUAGUCCUGCAGGAGAAGCAGGAGGAGGUCCGGCGGCUGCAGCAGGCACAGGCAGAGGCAAGAAGGGAACAUGAAGGAGCAGUACAGCUUCUAGAGGCCCGGGUGAAGGAUCUGGAAGAUCAGUGUCGCAGUCAGACAGAGCAGUUCAGCCUCCUGUCCCAGGAGCUCCAACAAUUCCGGCUCCAAACGGGAAAAAUCGACCUUCUCACCUCCACUCUGGUGACUUCAGAGCUGCCCCUUGCUCUGUGCAGCUCCACCCCACAGCCCCCCUGGGAGAAGGAAUCAACUGUUCCUGGGUUGCUCCCUCACCAGAGCACUAAGAAGGCUCACAAUGAAGUUGCUGAGGAGUUGGAGUCAUCCCUUAGGGUGCCUGACACCCCUGGGGGCUCCCCAGCUGCUCCCACCAGUGCUCAGAAACAAGCCAAGAAAGUGGAAUCUCAGUCCAGCUCUUCGAAAUCAGAGUCCAUGCACAACAGCCCCAAAUCCUGCCCAACUCCAGAGGUGGACACUGCAAGUGAAAUGGAAGAGCUGGAUGUCGACAGCAUCUCCCUCAUGCCAGAGCCAGGCAGCCAAGGCCCUGCAAAGCUCCAGGUGUUCUUAGCUCGAUACAGCUACAAUCCUUUUGAUGGACCUAAUGAAAAUCCAGAGGCAGAGCUUCCACUGACUGCUGGAGAAUAUAUUUACAUCUAUGGGGACAUGGAUGAAGAUGGCUUCUUUGAAGGGGAGCUGAUGGAUGGCCGGCGAGGGCUGGUCCCCUCCAAUUUUGUUGAGCGGGUUUCAGAUGAUGACCUCGUGACGUUUCUGCCUCCGGAGCUGAAUGAUCUCACCCAUAGCUCAUACCAGGAGAAAAGCUUGGUCAGUGCAAGCACCAGCAGUGGAGAUAAGAGUGAUUUCUCCAUUGAAGAGAGUAGCAUCAGCCCGCUGGCCAGUAGAGCAGAAGGAGACCAGGAGGAGCCCGUUAGUCACACAGCAGUGCCUUACCCACGAAAACUGACUCUGAUCAAGCAGCUUGCCAGAAGCAUAGUUGUAGGCUGGGACCCACCUCUUUUGCCAGCUGGCUGCCCAGACAUACAAAGCUACAACAUCUAUGUGGAUGAAGAGCUACGUCAGAACGUGAAGAGUGGCCUUCAGACCAAAGCAGUGAUUGAGAAGCUGGACUUGCAGAGCAAGGCCUACCGCGUGUCCGUGCAGGCGGUGACCGAGCGCGGCAGGUCCGACAGACUGCGCUGCACCUUCUUUGUGGGGCAGGAUUUUGGGGUGGCACCCACCAUGCUCAAAGUCAGGAGUGUCACUGCCACGUCAGCAGAGGUCACGUGGCUCCCCUGCAACAGCAACUACAGCCACGCCGUGUACCUCAACGGGGACCAGUGCGACGUGACCAAGCCUGGGGUCUACUGGUACACCUUCCACAACCUGCAGCCCAGCACCCAGUACGUGGCCAAGCUGGAGGCCAGGCCCAUGAAAACACCCUGGGAAGAGGUGCCAGAGGGGCAGGAGCAGGACUCAGCUGUGAUUCACUUCACUACCCCACUAGCAGGCACACCUGAUGCUCCUUUGGAUGUCCAGGUAGAAGCUGGUCCCUCUCCAGGUAUCCUUGUUAUCAGCUGGUUACCUGUCACCAUUGAUGCUGAGGGAUCGUCCAACGGGGUCCGAGUCACCGGCUACGCCGUGUACGCCGAUGGACAGAAGGUGAUAGAAGUUACUUCUCCAACAGCUGGGAGUGUCCUGGUGGACCUGUCCCAGCUCCAGAUGUUCCAGGUGUGCCGGGAGGUUUCGGUGAGGACGAUGUCUCAGUACGGGGAGUCGGUGGACUCGGUUCCAGCCCAGAUUUCCUCGCUCUUGCUCCGAGCCUAUCCCUGCACUUCACCUGCCUCCACCACUGUUACCUCCAGGCUGCCCAGGGGCGUUCCCAGGGGCUCCCUGCCUGCCCACAGCCCAUCCACACCCCCCACUCCUGCGCUCCUGCUCCGACAGAACAUUCCUGCUGAGAGCUCAGAUGCCAAAUUGACUGAUGUCUCCUCCGGCCCGGUGCGGGCUCUGCCAGAGAAAGCCUCCUCAGCACCACACCUCUCUUCUCCCAGUGCUCCCUUGGUGCAGGAUUUGGGCACUUCCCCACAGGGAUUGGAUGCUGCAGGAGACAAGAAAUGCCUGUCUGUGCCUCCCCAGCAGGCUGGGAACACAGUGCUCCAUGGGGAGGGCCCUGCCAGGGAACCAGGAUUACAAGGCCUGGGAGAAGGCACAGAGGUGCAGAUGGAACAAUCUGGAUCCAAAGCUCCAGAGCUGGAAGGCCCCUCUGACAGCAGCGUGAAGCUCCAUGUGGAGACCUGCUCCGUGGAGGAGUCCCCCAAAGGUCCCAGUGCUGACAGAGAGGAGGCAGAGGAGAAGCACCUGAGCCCAGAGCCUGUGUCCUCACCCAGCCAGGCUGAGGGGACACAGGACACCUUCCGAGACGGGAACGCGGGCGGGAGCAGCUGCAGGUUGUCUCCUGGCAAGGAGGUGAUGAAAGAAAUGUCCAGAGUGAAAAGAGAGCAAGAAGAAAAACUGGCUGAAAUGGGCCGCCGGCAGCUGACCCUGUUCUCUGAGCACAACCGGAGUUCUGAGCUGUCAGAUAUUUUGGAAGAGGAGGAAGAAGAUGAACUGUCUUCAGAAGCUCUGGAAGACAAGAAAUGGGACCAGAGUGAGCCAUGUAACCAGGAGAAUGGGGAAAAGAUGGAUCUUUGUGAUACUGACAGCGAUGAGGAGAUUCUGGAGAGGAUACUGGAGCUCCCGCUUCAGAAGAACCACAGCAAGAAGUUGUUCAGCAUCCCUGAAGUGACUGAGGACGAGGAGGAAGAGGAGGAUGAGAAGUGUGUGACAGAAGAAAAGACAGACCCUCAAGAUUCCUUGGAAACACAGACCUACCAUUCAGGGAGAACAGAGAAGCCUCCCAACAGCAAGGAGCCAUUUCCAAAGGCAGAUGGGAAUAACACCUCUGUGGUGUCUGCUCAGACUCCACAGGAGGAGCAUGGUGCUAAGGAGAGCAGAGGGGAUGCUGACCAUGCAAACCCUGCCUUUGGCCAGCUGGCCUGGGCUCAGAAGAAGGCAAACUGGAACUGGGGCUACCAGGAGAAUGAUCCGAAGCCUGUGAGUGGAGCAAGUCCCUCUGGGAGCAAGAAGAAGGGAAAUAACUAUCGAGAGAAGAUCCGGAGUCGGCCUGAGAUGGGUAGGAAGAGACAGAGUGAUUUAACAGAGCACUGCAGUCGCCUGCUGGGCAACUGCAGCCAGAUGGGCAGUGGGUUGUACAGAGCUCCCAGCCUCAGGGAGGAGCUCAACGUGGUCAGCAGUGCCAGUGGUAAGGAGGGGAUGGAUCUGUACAGCCGUGCCAGACAAGGCACCCUAAGGAAAAAAACCCCAAAGGCAGCGGGUUCAGGGGGCACAGAACCUGCCGUGAUGGCCACGCGCUGCUCCAGCCCCAGGAGCCUGGAGAUAGACAUUGAAUACGACUCCGAAGACGAUCAGGAUUCGACCUGUGCUUCCUCCCCUGAGAGCAGGCUGUGGCCAGAGAGGUCCCAGAGCUCUCAGGGCGACUGGAGUGAUUGCUCCAGUCAGUCUGAGGCUCCCCACACGGAUGGCAGAAGGGACCUGACCAGGCUGGAGGUGAUGGAAGAGCAGGGUUUGGAAUGGGCCGCGUCUCCGAGCCGGCGCGUGCGGUUCUUCCACCGGGAGAAGGAAUGUGAGAGCAGCUCUGAGGAGCAGGGCUGGGAGCUGGACUGUAAGUCACCUGGCUGGAGAAGGAGGCUCGAACAUCCUUCGAAGGGGAUACGUAGCACCUCCUUGCACAAAAGGGCAUCCAGUAAUAAAGAUUCCAGGGGCCCGGAGCUGGCCGGCACAGCCGCCUGGCAGGCUCCCGGCAGGAGACGGAGCAAGAGCGUAAGAAGAAGCCAAAUGCAGAAACCUUUGCUCUCCAGUGCAGGUCCUCCCAGGAGCACCGCUCCAGAAACCUCUGCCAAGGAGGAUGGCAUUAGGAUAUUUGUGGCUCUCUUUGACUAUGACCCUGUCUCUAUGUCUCCUAACCCUGAUGCAGCAGAAGAGGAGCUGCCAUUUAAGGAGGGACAGAUCCUGAAGGUGUGUGGAGACAAGGAUGCUGAUGGCUUUUACAGGGGUGAAUGUGCAGGAAGGGAGGGAUACAUCCCAUGCAACAUGGUCUCAGAAGUGCAGGUGGACAAUGAUGAACUCAAGAAGCAGCUCCUGAAGCAAGGAUUCCUGCCUGCUGACACAGCCACGGAGAGCCAAGGAAAUGGCACAUUUUCUCCACCUCCACGCCGCCAAACCGUCCCUCCUCCAAAACCCAGACGCUCCAAGAAAGGACCCCCAGAUGUUUGUCUCUGUACGACUGCUAGGAAGUGGAAAGAGAGCCCAUCCCUGUGCUGGUGGCUGGAUAAGCAGGAGAAGUACAAGUCUCAGCCAGGACAGAAACAUGAAGACAUUGAAGCAGAACUGCUGACUCCUCGCAGGAUGGUGGCUGUCUUUGACUAUAACCCCAAGGAGAGCUCUCCAAACGCAGAUGUGGAGGCUGAACUGACUUUCAGUGCUGGGGACGUCAUCACUGUGUUUGGCUCCAUGGAUGAUGAUGGAUUCUAUUAUGGAGAGCUGAACCAACAGAGGGGGCUUGUCCCAUCCAACUUCUUGGAAGCUGCUCCUUCAGAUGGAGACGUGGGGGAGGAAUUUCACUCAAAAGAUAAAGAAGCUUCUCCUCUGAGUGCUGAGAGCCAGCUGAACCCAGAUGGGUGUGUUGAUCAGAGUGACUCCUCACCAACUCCUCCUUCUCCACCACCUUCCUGCCUUGUCCCGUGCCCAGAGCAGGCGUCGCUGCCCCUUCUCACCCGCAGCGACGGCCCUGGGCAGAGUAAAAAGAAGAGAAGCUUCUUCUUCAAAGGGAAAAACCUCUUCAAAAAACUUGGGUCCAAUAAGAAAAACUAACGAGGGGGGUUAUUCUGCACAGAGACUGAGAGUUCAGGAGAAACCCCCUGCAAUAAGCUGAUUAUUUUCAUAGGGAAGAAGUGUGACUUGAGAAAAUUGUGGAGUGGGUGUGGGAGCUGUGCCUGCUGAGAGCCCCCCAGGGGGACAGUGGCUCUGGGGGUGUGAGGGCUGAGCUCUGGGGUGCAGCUCCCUCCAGGCGCUGGUUCCCUGUAAAUAUUUUCAUUUCAGAAUUCUAUUCUGGCUGUAAUUUAGCUAACUGGCUUUUCCCAGCAAAGCCCCUUAGGAAGAGACCCCUUGUACUCCACCCCCUGGUAUUUCUCUGCUCCAAAGGAGCUCGUGGCAACUCCUUCACUUCCCGCAAAGAAAAGUUGCACUUUUCUGUUCCCUGACUCCCCUUUGCUGUCUCUGGGCUGACGAGUGAGUUCUGAUUUGUACUGUAAACUGUAAAUAUGCAGCUGUGCCUAGAGCAUCCCACACUGCCUCAGUCAGGAUCCAGCACCAGGACAUUCCCAUGGAGGAAGGAGCAGUGCCCUGCUGGGAGUUGGUCCUUCAGCCUCUGGCUUGGGCUGCUGGAAAGCUGCUCCCGCCUGGUGCACCUUGACCACGGCCUGGCUGGGGCCUCCGCCUUAUGAUUUAUUUAUUGAUCAGUUUAUUUAUGGGUUUCUUGAGCUCAUUAUUUAUUUCUCUAUUUAUUUAUUUAUUUGUUUGUUUAUUUAUUUCUUUCCCGGCCGCCUCUUCCCACGGUUCCCCUGGGUUGUUUUCCAGGCUGCUCCGGAGCCCGGAGCGUUGGGAAGAGCGGGGCUGGGGGAUGGAUGGAGAGAGUUUGCAGCUGUUUUCCUGGGAGAUGCUGUGCUCCUGGAGUUCAGACACAUCCCUUUCCAAGCCAGGAAGGGUUUUGUACCACAUGGUUCCUGCCCUUUCCCGUGUUUCUUCCGUUGCAUGUUCCAGUUCCUUGUUUUUGGAAGGUGAGGUACGUGGGUGGUGCCAGCACAGUGUCCACGAGUGGUGGUGGUACAGUUUGUUUUUAUUUAAUAUCAAAUUUUAUUAUAAUAAAGUCUAUUUUCACAAAAAUACAUUUUCCUUAAAAAAA